UUACAGCUCAUUAACUUGCUUUUUACGAAAAAAAGUGGUUUUUGGAAAAAAAGUGUUGGAAAGCUCACUUCUCUGGAAGUAGUUUUAAUAAACUUAUUCGAAUAUUCUGUUUAUGACACAUUUGUUAAAUAUGUCCAUAAAUAAGGAACAAAUGGAUCCAUAUAUGAAGGCGACACACACCAAGCGCUUCGUUGUAGAAGAUUCAAUAACCAAAGUAACUUCUGAUGGCGAACCACAUGAGAUGAUGACAAUGAUUGCCGGCCUUUCGGGCCUCUUCGCUGCCAUGGUCAUACUGGCUGUGCUAAUAUCUUUAGUCAGCUGUAAAAGCGGUAAAAAACCUAAACAUUGCAAAAAUUGUCCGCGCACAGCCAAUGCAAAUGGCAGUGUUACACGCAACUGCACGCUGAAUGGCAACAAUACACCCGCAAGCCUUGAAGAAGGCAAUUCGGUGUCUACGACGCCUACACACAAUUCAGGUGUGUCGGUAAUUUCCACAGGCGGCAAUCUAACGGGUAACCUGAACUCAGCUUUCAUGGAUAGCGAACUAAAUUUGGCCAACACCUUGAAGAAGCCGAAGAAGAAAACACACUGGAGUGAUGAAGUGGAUGCAGCAGGACACAUCAAGGAAACAGCUGUAGAUAUCGAGCGGUUUUGAAGGAAUGCGGAAUAAGUUAAGAGCAGCGUUCCAUUAAACGAAUUUAUGCGCAUGCGCGGAUUGACGUUUCGGCUGGUCGCAGCAAUUUGCUAUAUGUGAAGACUGAUUGGGGGAGGUUUUGGCCAAAGCUUCUUUCGUUUGUUUUAGUUUACUCGCAAGAUGUAUACCUAACAAUUGAAAAAAAAUAUUUCUAUAUUAAACACACACGAUUACCUGAUAUAGCAUGUAAAUACAUAUAUGUACAUAAACAUACAUACUUAUACAUACUUGUAGAAUUUAAAUAUUUAUAAGGCAAAGUUAAUCUCUGCACACGCAUUUUAAUUUAGAAAUUAUCAUUAGCAAUUAUUUUAAAUAUAAAAAAAACACGACGAUUUUUUCUUUCAACAAGUCAAAGUUUUAUUAUAAAAUAUACUUGCUAGUUUUUAUAAGAAUACACAAAUUAUAAAAAAAUAUUUGUAAA